AUGGGACUGAAGAAUCCAUACGUGUUCGUUGUCUUGAUCCAGAUAUUACAAGCGGGCAUGACCUUGCUCGCCAAGGCCGCAUUGAAUGGUGGCAUGAGUAGCUUCGUCUUCAAUUUCUACCGGCAACUCGCUGGAACUGUUUUCUUGCUCCUGUUGAGUGCGAUCUUCCAAAGGAGAUCCAUGACUCAGUUCACGUUCCCUGUCUUCUUCAAGAUUUUCGCGCUCGCUUUCCUGGGUCUGACGCUAAGUAUAAAUCUCUAUGGGAUAGCGCUCCUCUAUACUCCGGCUUCACUCGCGUCUGCAACUAUCAACUGUGUACCCGUCACAACCUUCUCCUUUGCUGUUCUUCUCAGGAGGGAGACGGUGAAUGUAAGGGAAAUAGCGGGACAAUUUAGAUCAAUCAACACUUCAAUAGCUUGA